UUGGCAGGCAGUUUACGUUCAAAUUUGCAAAACAACGGACGCGUGACGAUGUUAUAAAAACAAAAAUAUUUUUUAUCGAAAUUGAAGUGAAAAAUUAGUUUAGAUUUAUAAUGGGAAAUUCAGUGAAGUUAUGGUAUCCAAUUAUUUUUACAAUAUUGUGUUUAGAGUGUAUUCAAGGAUAUACGGCUUCAUCGCCAUUAAUAAAAAAUGUUGCUCGAGGUGGUAUUCACUUUGAGGGCCCUCAUUGGACAGAAAAUGAAAGUGCACUCUACUGGGUCGAUAUAGUAGAUCAAAAAGUUUACAGACUUGACGCUGUUACCGGAAAUGUGACUUCGCGAAGAAUAGAGUACGGGCCUGUAUCUCUCGUUGUAACAGUAAAGGACUACCCAGGAGAGGUGGUACUGGCAUCUCGCAGUGAACUGUACUUAAUGUCCUGGGAUGCUAAUGAAGGCGACAGUGCUAUGAGACUGCUCACUGCAGUUGACUUAGGCAAACCAGACAACCGUAUCAAUGAUGGCAAAGCUGACACAAAGGGACGACUUUGGUUUGGUACUAUGGGGAAAGAAGAUGUCUCCGGUGUAGAUCUUGAUCAGGGUACUUUAUACAUGUUGACAAGUAACAAUUAUAUACACCCUGAAGACAAAGUUCGUCCCGUCUCUAUUUCGAAUGGUAUAGCGUGGACUUCAGAUGAUAAAUUCAUGUUUUAUAUAGACAGUCCCCUGCGAACUAUCGAUGUGUUCGACUUUAAUAUUGAAACUGGUGACAUACGGAAUCGAAGAACACUAUUCAGCUUUCAGAAGCACAAUGUGACUGGUGUCCCUGAUGGCAUGACCAUAGACACAGAUGGAAACCUAUGGGUAGCCUGUUAUGAUGGCGGGAAGGUGAUAAAAAUAGAUUCGCGAGCGGGCAAACUGCUAGAACAACACAAGAUACCAGCGACCAAAGUGACUUCAGUAACUUGGGGCGGCCAUGACUUAUCCACUCUAUAUGUGACAACAAGCCGAAGGGGCUUAAACUCUGCCCAAUUAGCGCAGGAACAGGAAGCUGGUUCCUUAUUCGCUAUACAAGGCACUGGCUCUAGAGGAUUUCCUAACAACCAAUUUGUUUUUCCUAAUGCUGAUGUGUAUUGAUGUAAUUGUAUAUGAAAUUUCCGUUUUUGAUUGAAUAAAAUACACCUAUAAAAACUGAA